AUGGAUUACAAAUAUCUCGAAGCCUUCCAAACACCCAUCAGCCACCAAACCGAUGUGGCCCUCAAGAUAGCAAAACAACUCCUUGAUUCUGAGUUCAAGGGCAAGAACAUGAUCUACUCCCCUCUAUCCAUCCACAUCGUUCUCAGCUUAAUCGCCGCCCGCACAAACAAUCCCCACUUCGUUUCUUUUCUCAACUCAAAGUCCAUCGACGACCUCAACUCCCUAGCCUACAAUCUUGUCACGUCCGUUUUGGCCGACACACCAAGCAGAGGCGGACCACGUUUGAACUUCACAAACGGUCUCUGGGUCGACGAGUAUACUCCUCUUGAGGAAUCAUACAAAAAAGUUUUGUUGGAUUUAUACAAGGCGGCUCUAAACGAAGUUGAUUUCAAAACCGAUCCGGAAAAGGUGAGAAUCCAAGUGAACUCAUGGGUUGAGAAAGAGACCAGAGGACUUACCCCUGAGAUUCUUCCUCCUGGCUCAGUCCACAGUGCCACGGGUCUCAUAUUCGCAAAUGCCUUGUAUUUCAAGGCAACUUGGAACGACGGUUACUUCUAUAAACCACCAAAGUCGGAAGACCUUAAGUUUUAUCUUCUGAACGGAGAGGACUGUGCUCUGGAGGACUUUGACAAUGGGACAUAUAAACACGACCCUCGAUCUUUCUCUAUGUUGUGGCUACUUCCUGAUGCAAGAGAUGGGCUACCGGCUCUGGCUGAGAGAGUUUGUUCCGAGUCCGGGUUUCUGGACCGCCAUCUUAAUCUUAAAUUUGAGAGUUUUACUUGGGUUAGGGUGAAGAAAUUCUUGAUUCCUAAGUUUAAGAUAUCAUCUGGGUUUGAAGCUUCGGAUGUUCUGAAAAAAAUAGGGAUGGGGGAUGGUUGUGAUUCAAUGGCGAUAUUUCACGAAUCUGUAAUAGAUGUUGAUGAAAAUGGCACCACAGCGGCAGCAGCUACUUGUGCUCAAGUAUAUUGUAGCAUGGGUUCGCCCCCUAAGCCUAAAGAGAUAGAAGAAUUUGUGGCUGAUCACCCCUCCAUGUUUCUCAUAAGGGAAAACAGGACGGGAACAGUUUUGUUCAUGGGGCAGGUGCUCAAUCCUCUUGCAGGCUGA